AUAGAACAUAUUAAAAUGCAAGAAUGUGAAAAAUCAAUUAAUAUUUACCCACUACUAACUCGUGUAGAUUAUUUUGCAGCUAAUAAAAUUAAAUCAUCUGUUUAUGGCAUUUAAGGCACUGGAGUUUUAAUUUCUAGUUCAGAAACUGGCGCCCAACUCAAUAUUGAAAUAAUACAUUGGCGAUGGAACUGAAAGGAGAAAACCUAUGGUCGAUUAGUGAUGACUUCCUUUUUGUGGCAUGUGGACUCCUUGUAUCUGCAGCGCAUGCCGGUACGUCUGUGUAUAUUACAUGGAACAAGUACUAUUUGCUAAAUAUACGCUUCAAGGACCGUAAAGAUACCUCCAGGAAAAAAAUAACUGUGAUGCGAAUUCCACUGCCUAUUUUGGGCGGAAACUAUAUAAAAAGCGUGCACACUUUGAGGUACAACACGAUGCUACUUAUGUCGGAUGGGGAAGUCUAUUUCUUUCGUUCGUUCAAGGCCAUGAAUUUAAUAAAAUGUCUUAGUGGAGUCCGCUGCUUAGCUGUCUUGGAUGAUGGAUUUAGCGUGAUAAGAGAGGAAGAUCAACGCCUGCUUUUACAAAUGUAUCAUGACAUCCCCAGCUCCGAAAAUGUUGAGUCGACCCUACAAUAUACGUUCGAUAUUACUUUUGACGAUAAAAACAUAUUUCAAUGCGAGUGGCAGAAUGACAAUUACACUCUCACUACUUUAAAGGUCACUGAAGACAAAAAACAGUUCGUGCAGAACUUGUUUGGGUUAAAGGAGGUACAACCUCAUUACGUUCACAUCUUCAGCAUAGCUGGACAUGUAUUUGUUUUAACAUUAAAUAUUACUGGUUUAUCAGAGAGUUCACACCAAGAUUACCACAUUGAGCUACUAUGCGUGUACGCAUCUCAUGUAAGAUAUAUUCGCCUCCUACCAACUGAGAACCUUUGUUUGGUUUUCCUUAGCACUGGUAGUGUUGACAUAUGGUACGUAUCUAGUCUUCUUGCAAUAAAACAGAAUCAGACUUAUCAUUCUGGUUCUAAAUGGAUGGAUUAUGAUGCCACAAGUGACAAUGGCGACAUAUAUUACACGGACGGUGAUCAGCUGGUGCGACUAAAAUUCUUAUACAACAUUCAGCUUGACAAGUGCUUUGUCCACACCUUGAUAAAGCCUGUGACCGGCAUUCAGGCCUGCACUUGGGUAGAUCAUAAAAAAGAAUUGGUUUGCCUGAGCGACAAUAACAUAUUUUACUGCAUAAGCUUUAACUUACCCAUACAGAAAACAGCCAUUCGUUUUUUUAAAAAUUUGGCAACAGAUCUUAAGCCUGAAGCCAUUGGGCGAUUGCGACACAAUGUAGGUGUCUUGCGUUUUGAAAAAAGCCAGCUAAAUUUCAUUCAGCAAAAGUUACAGAAGGAGUACGUUAAGCAAAAUCUAAUUUCUGUAAGUAAAGGUAUCAUCAUAUUCAGUGCGCCAAUUAAAAUGUCUGUAGAAUUCCAAAGCCAUGUACCGAUCUUUGACAAGGCGGCCGUGCAUCUGAAGCUGGCGCAGGAUCACGGCUCUGGCAAAAAUUCCAUUUAUGCCGUGUUUAAGUUUAAACCUAAUUACAGUCAGCUCUUAUUGCAUAGUACUCAUUGGAAAGUUUUGAUAUUACAUGACAAUCGGGUCCACGCUUUCCUGUUGCCAACAGAAAAACUCGUAAAAAAAAAGUGUCGCAUGGUGGUAUCUUUCAGAAAACUGAGAAACGAACAUCUUCCUUAUUUUAAAUUAAAGCUGGUGGGUUUCAUUAAAGCUCAUAGCAAAAUGUUUGCUAUACUAUUACCAUUAUCAGCAGAAAAAAGUGGAUCUACUUAUUGUGCUGUAUUUAGUGCAAGUUCAGCUGCUGGAAACUUACAAUUUAAUCAAAUGCAGCUAUAUAAGGAACUAUGUGGUCCGAAAGUGAGACAGGCUAUUGGGAAAGCAGAUUAUUUCAAAAUUUCACGAAUAGCGUCAAUAUUGCUCUUUUCUAGUUUCGUUAACGAGAACACUCAAGAAUUGUACUUUAAAGACGAAAGGCUGCACCACUGUGCAACGAAAAAUAAUUUAUGCGGAACAUUGGAAAGUAGAGAUGCUUCAGCGAUAUACUAUUUCAAGAAACAUAUAAUAUCAAACACGGCAAAACUGGAUAUAGAAGAUUCACUAAAGUAUAAUGAUUUUACUUUUGAUAAAAUAAUGACUGAAACUGAGCUGUUGUACGGUUUGAAUUGCUACGACGUUUUGAACAGCAGUACAAAAAUGGCUAUAAAUCCCAGAUACUUUGCUAUAAGAAAUGCUUUUUUUUAGAAAAUCAAAAAUGCAAUACAAUAAACAAAAAGUAAAUCGUCAUUAAGUAAUUUUACAAACUCUCGUGCUUAUAUAGAUAAUUAAAUAUACAGAAAAUAUAUUUUGAUCUGAUUUGCUAAAAUUUAA